UAACAAGUUCUACUGGGUCAACUGCUCGAAUUAUCUCCAGCGCAACGCGAAGUCGCAUCAGUUUUCAUUUGUUUCUUGGUGCGAGAGGAUUAAAAUUCGGAAAUCUGGGUCCAUCAUGGGACUUACGAAAUAUUUAAUUAUUGGCUGCGUGAUGCUAACCGUAUUGUGUAGCGCUGAUAUGAAUAUCAAUAUUAAGCAACCAAAUGCGGACAUGUAUCAUCAACAGAGCACCCGAACCGGUCAGUUCGAAUAUGGUUAUCAUGUGAACACCGAGAGCGAUCAGUUUCAACACAAGGUCAAAGGUCCUGAUGAUGUAACUUACGGUUGUUAUGGUUAUGUGGACCCAACAAACAAGAAACAUUUGGUGUAUUAUGUAGCGGACCAUAUGGGCUACCGAAUCAUUUUCCCAAAUCGACCCACGAAGAUUUUCACCCAACGAGUUUCCGACAGUUUAAACAAGUUGGAUGGAUCCCUCAAGGGUAAGGAUUACGAUGAAAAGGUAGUAGCUUGGAACGAAUUGUAUCUGCCUGAUUCUUGCUUUCGUCUGGGAGAUAUACUGUCUUCAUCAGCUUCAACGUUACAACACCAGGUUGUGCAACCGCUGGUUCCCUCUAGCCCAUCUCCUGUCCAUCCAGUAUAUUCGCAGCCAGAUUUAACAAAACCCUCACCAGUAUCUCCAGUAUAUCCUCAACCAGCAUUACCAAAACCCACACAGUACGACCUCCCAAGUACCAGACCGUCUACCGCUUACCAGGUUUCUCAGGGACAAGGACAGAUAUCUGAGUCUGACAACGAUUUAAGUCGUGAAGAUCAACUCACUGAAAGCUACCAGGUUCUUAACAGUUCCGUAACAUAUUGGUCUGGCCCGUUACCGGACAUCAAUCCAGCUCAAAUAAAUUUGGACCAGUUUAAUAUUUACUCUCGAGAGGAAGAAUCGCGAGGCCAAAGCGGUCCGCAACAGUUUGUCUCGCAGCAGCUCGGCCCGCAACAGUUCGGGCUAAAUAUAACUCAGCUGUUGGCUCAAAUCGAAGCCGUGAACUCACAGGUCAUCACCUUGAAUACGUUUUUGAAAGGAAUGGCCAGCAACCCGGCUACUUUCAGCAGCGUCAAUGAAGGAAGUUGCAAAUCGGUGCUCCAGUUGUUACGUACUCAGAAAACCACACCGCAGCUUGUCUAUGUUCCGAUACUGAUUCCAUAUGUCGAGGGUCAACACAACAUCAAUCAACCGGCCUUGUUUGGAGUUCCUGCUGAGCGUCUUCAGCAGCAAUCGAAACGACGACCGUGAUACUGGUACAGCACAAAAUGAAGGUUAUUUUUCCAAAGUUUUGGUGAUUUCUUUUCAAAUAAAGUGUUCCAGUGAUAUUAUUUUCAGAAA